AUGGUAGAGGACACUGGAAAGGGAUUCCUGAACUUUACGAAGGACUUCUCAAACACGGGCAGUAACAGCACGGGGAAAGAUAAAGGUAGAACUUCAAAUGAAGAGUGGUGGGACCCGGAAACCAAUGAAACAUCUGUUUCACCUGACUGGAACGUGAGCUCCCUUACCCCACCCAGCAACACGUCUGGUCAACCCUUGAACCCAGCGGACCCAGACGACAUCACCUCCAAGCAACCCCUGCGUCCUUCUCUGGUUUUGAUCCCUCCUCUCUUUGUGCCUCUGUAUUCUGAUUGGAACUCUGCCAUGGCCACAUGGGGACUGGCCUGGGAGGCACACGUCUAUGGCUUGGCUUCUGUGUUCGCUGGGUUCGGUUUGAUCUCUGUCCUCUGCUUGUUAGGCUUGCCCCUGCGUUGCCCCGCCGGCAGCCCCUAUUUCACCGUCCUGCACCUGCUCCUCCUGGCCACUGGGGGAGUCCGAGCUUUUUCUCUCCUCUAUGACGCCUACAGUCACCAGGACCGCCUUCCUCUCCUGGGCUCUCUUCUUCUGUCUGAGCUCCCGCUAGCCUGCCUCACCUCUGCCUUCUCUCUCUCCUUCAUCCUCCUUUCUCAGCGUUCGCGCAUGCGCCUCUCCCUCCGUUUCUCCCUCUCUGCCCCCCUGUCGACCCCGCCCCGGCCCUGUCUGUUGCUCGGCCUCUCCCUGCUUCACUUUGGCGCCUCCCUGGGCUGUGUGGGCCUCCUGCAGCUCCUCCCCAGCCUCCCUGCCCUGCUCCUGCUCCCCCAGGGCCUGUUUGUGUCCCUGUGCCUCCUCCUCUCCUGCUCCUACCUCCUCUUCUACUGCCACGUUCGGGCCGACAACACGCACAUCUACCAGCUGAGGGACACCGGCGAGGAAGGGGGGUCUCCCGAGAUUGGCCCACCCGCUAGGUGUCCAUUUGCGGAGGUGGGGGAGUGGGGUAAGGCGGCGGGGGCGGGGGUGGGGGCUGCCCUCUGUUUGAUGGGGUGCGGAGGGCUGCAGCUGUAUGGGAUACUGCAUGCCCUGGGACUGGGUGGGGUCAGUGCGGGGGCGGGGUUCCAGCCCUGGCCCUGGUGGGGCUAUCAGAUGGGCUGCAGACUCUGCGAGGUGGGGGUGUGUCUGUCCCUGUCGCUCAUUGGGGCACAGCCUCUUUUAUGUCACACUAGCUCUUCCUCCAGGACUACAUCGAACCCUCGACCGGGGUCCUGGUCGCGACUGCCCUGUGUCUCCACCUCCACGGGGCCCAAUCACUCUCCUCGGGCGGAGAACAAGUCCCCCACCCUCCCCCCACACUACCCUUGGUCCCCGUCCCAGCAGGACAAGCUGGUGGUCUGUGAGGUCAUCACUAAGAGCCCGUCAGAAAACCUGCCUCUCUACUCGCUGGCGGACCCCCCUCAGAAUGGGCCAGGCUUGCCCUCCAAUCCCAGCCACACCAGGAGCUCCAUACCCCCACUCCUCCCCAACCCUCCGAGCCCCCCAGGAAGACCCAGAGAUGGGGUUGAUUGGCACUUCUCCCUGGACAGUGCCACUCUUUACAGUGACUCUACUGUGGACCUGCGUCCUCCUUCUCCCAUAAACCUGUCCCGCAGCAUAGACCAAGCCCUGUUCAGUGAAACUCUCUUCCCCCAUGGUCUUUUCAGCCCUCCUAGGCUGUUCCAUGCCUCCUCCAGCCUCUCACUAACCUCCCCCAGCCAGGGAGACUCAUACCCAGGCUCCCACUCAGCCAGUAGUCCCCUCUACCGUACCUCCUCCUGUGGAGACGUGGACCAGGAUGACUCCAUGUCCCGGUCGCGGCUCUCUCAGCCAGACCACGACAGAACUCCGGGAUCCCCUGACCCCUGUGGAUGGAAGAGAAGUAAUGCCAGCUCUGUGGGCCAGGUUUCUCUGAGCAGCUCAUCCCAGGGACUGUGUUCUAGUCCCAUUGAUAAAGUGAAGAGUCGUUUCUGCCCCCGAGCCACCAGGGGGCAGCACCUCCCCCAGAGCAGCCUGCCACGGUCCAUCCCCCACAUGCCGCACCACAGACGCUACCGCACCCUGAGCUCGGCCUCCCAGUACAGCCAGGGGGAGGGCAGACUUGCGGGGACGGAGCACCUGAGUGAGAGCAGGCAGCUGGAGCGAGACCUGGCUGUCCAGGCAGAGUUCAUCAACGUGUGUAGACAGAUAGACUCUCUUAGUGUGUGUAGUGAUACUAUUGACCUAUAGGAAGUUAGAUUUAAAUGGUUAUAACAUUUGCCAAUUUUACGCUCUUUCUGGUGAAAAGAUGGGGAUUUUCUCAUAAAUAUUUAUUAAUGCGGUGGAUGAAAUGCCUCAGUGAAACUUGA